CUCUCCAGUAUAUUCCAAGAAUGUGUUGGAUAAUCUGUGCGCUGGUGUAGACAGCAUGAGAUGAAUUCUUCCAUCGACCUAGCUACCACCUCUCGGGGAUUACCUGUGCUGAGGGGAGAACCCUUCCAUCUGUGGCAUUUCUACUGCGACCCUCACCCGAGAUCCUGGGAACACACAGAAAGUCAGGAGAGCAUAUGCUAAAUGCAGAAGACACCUUAUGCCUCAGAGUUGGACAUUUUCUCCCCUACACCAUGUCAGAUUCUAACAGAACCGACUUCACCAAUCCCUCCAGCUUCAUCCUGCUUGGCAUUCCUGGCCUGGAGGCUGCCCAUAUCUGGAUCUCCAUUCCCUUCUGUGCUAUGUACGCCAUAGCUGUGUUGGGAAACUUCACCAUCUUGUACAUUGUGAAGAGGGAGCCGAGCCUCCAUGGGCCCAUGUUCUAUUUCCUCUGCAUGUUGGCCGUCAGCGACCUGGUAUUGUCCACAUCCACCCUACCCAAACUGCUGAGCAUCUUCUGGUUCAAUUCCAGGGAGAUCAGUUUCAGUGCCUGCCUCACCCAGAUGUACUUCGUUCACUCCCUCUCAGGGAUGGAGUCUGGAAUCCUCGUGGCCAUGGCUUUUGAUCGCUACGUGGCCGUCUGCCAUCCCCUGAGACAUUCCACCAUCCUGACAAACUCUGUUGUGGUCACAAUAGGCCUGGCCGUGGUGCUGCGCAGUGGCAUACUCGCGUUGCCCUAUCCCUUAUUGGUGAGGCGGUGGCCAUAUUGCAGAACCAACAUCAUCUCCCAUUUCUAUUGUGAGCACAUUGCUGUGGUGAACUUGGCUUGCGCUGACAUAAGCAUCAAUAGUUACUACGGCCUGUUUGAUCUUCUCUCUGUGAUCGGAAUGGAUGCAUUUUUUAUCGCCGUGUCCUAUACUCAGAUCCUCCGGGCCAUCUUCCGCCUCCCCACAAAGGAUGCCCGGCUCAAAACUUUUGGGACCUGCAUCUCUCAUCUUUGUGCCAUCUCAGCUUUCUACAUCCCAGAUUUAUUCUCCUCUCUCAUGCUGCGGUUUGGUCACAAUGUGCCACUGCACUUCCUCGUUCUCAUUGCCAGUGUGUACCAGCUGGUGCCCCCUAUGCUACACCCCAUCAUUUAUGGGGUGAGGACCAAACAGAUCCGGGGCAGGCUGCUCCAGCUCUUUACUCAUAAAGAGACCUAA